CAAUGAGUGCUCCCCAGGCUAAUAUAGGAAGCAGGUCUUGCUGUUAGCACCUCAAAUAGACAAAGUAUUUGUGUCUUUAUGAAACCAACAUAAUGUGAUGAACCAAACUCAUAAAAGGGAACAGAACAAUUCAGCAGCUAAGAUUAAGGGUGAUCAUUAUGUGUCAUUUAAGAGCCUAAAAACAAAAACACUCUGUGAAUAGCACAUUUCCUUCCUUACUUUAGGUACACAAUGAGUGCGUGCGUGCAUAAUGAUAUUGCACCUGCUACUUUGUCUCGUGCAGUUAUCAGUACAUGAAAUUAAAUUGCUUUCAAACUGGUUUGAAGUGGGUCUCGGACAGCACGAGGAGAAGACACACACAGUCAUAGGACUGCACUCAGUUGUGUAAAUUAAAGAGCUGCUGCUGUCCUCAGGGGCUAGCGAGAGGCUCACAGUGCCACGUCGGGAUCAGCCUCCUCCCCUCCCCCUCGUCUGCAGUGCUGACGCAUCUGCUGCUUUUGCAUCAAUCAGCAGCCUCUAUAUAGGUAUACCGAGAGUCCCUGCUAAUAGCAGGACUCUAUAUUCCCCUCAGCCUUGCUUUCACUUUGCACGCUCACGCUGCUUGAGAGAAAAAGCAUCAAACAUCUGUCCUGUGACUGCUCUGACACACAAUAGGACAGCAGUCACUGCCAUCGCUGGUUCUGCAUUACCUAACCACAGAGACUGCGUGAGCACAGACGAAAGGCUUUGGUGUUAUAUAUUGCUGCACAGACAGAGUCUGUGUGCACAAGCAUGAAACAGAUGCUGCAGCGUUAUGCAUUCAAGGUGCAUGUUGUCUCUAUAUGGGCAACAGAUCAUUUUGUUUCAUGCAAAAGACGUGUUUCCUUUGGGUCAACAUCGAUGCAGCGAGAUCUAGCUGGUGCGGUGCUGGGGAGAUUUAAAACGGCAUUUGUACAGCAGAGUACCCCCUCACUCUACGCUGCCACCAGCAAUGCAGCUGAGCAUUUUCUCUGGCUGUAGCAGCGAGCACAGAGCUGGUGUGUGAUGGAGCACCCAGCAUCUCUCCGCUCUCCCUACAGCCCUCUACCACGCUUAAUAAAAGUUGCCGCUUCCUGUUCAGUGGCUCCAGAACGCUUCAGUUGCCCAGCUAGCACAAAGGCAGACCCAUACUCCGGUUUAGCUACAUGCCGUAUAAACAGCGAGUUAGUAGUAGGACAGAAGAGGGACAGCCAGAGGACGGCUGGGCAGAUCUAACCCAGGACCUGGGCUGCAUGGAUAGAGGCGAAGGACGUUGGAGCUUGAGUCAUCUGCACACUGAGAGGGAGGGAGAGGAGGAAAGACGUCAGAAAAAAGCUCUGCUUCUGACAACACCACUGUUCAGCGACCAUCAUAGAAACAAAACUACUUUCGCUUUGCUCUCACAAAACUGUUUUCCUGUAUAGUUGGGUACAUUGAGGGCUACAGAAAAGGCAUACUGCAUGACACCGUUUCCUGUCCGCCCGGCAUCCUUCUCUCUGAUUUACUAAAGAUGACUGUGGUGUGUCCGUGCACUCAGAACCUGAUGGAUAGUGCUCACCCUCACACUGUGCUGAGCAAGCUCAACGAGCAGCGCUCACAAGGCCUCUUCUGUGACGUUACCAUUGUGGUGGAGGAUGUUAAGUUUCGGGCCCACAGGAACAUCCUGGCAGCGUGCAGCGGGUACUUCAGGAACGCCCUGACAACUCCUGAGACAUGGAGCUCGAGCCAAGUGUUGGAGCUGAUGGACCUGAAGUCUGAGGUGUUUGCCAGUAUCCUCAACUUUAUCUACUGCUCAAAGGUGACAACGCCGGGUGCAGAGGACACACGGGGGCUGGUGGCAGCUGGGAAGAGACUUGGAAUUCCCUUUUUAGAGAAACUUGCGGAACAAGAGAGGCAGGAUGAAUGUGUUAAAUCCACAGACUCCAGCACAGCCCCGGUGUCAACAAACACAAAGAAGGAAGCUGUCAGGCCGGAGGACAUUGACAGAGGGCCACGCAUCACCAAUGCCUUCUCUAUCACUGAAGUGUGUCCUGGGAACAGUCUUUUCACCCCUCUGGUUCAAACCCAUGUGAAGAGGCCGUCACCAGAUGAGGGACAGCUCCCAUCAAGUUGCCCCACAACCUCCUGCCUCAACGGGAACAAUGAGACAACCCAAGCCCUCUCAGAGCAUUCAUAUGCAGUGAGUAAAUCUAUUGAAAGCAACAACAGCAGUCAGGAGGACAACAAGAAGGUCUGUAAGCCAGCGAUAUCUCAGUCAAAGCAACUUAUUUACAGGAACGCAGGCCCGCUUAAAAAGCGCCACAGACUGAGAGGCGCUCUGUGUCGAAGUAUACUUCCAAGACCAUCUGAACCACAAACAGAUACAACAAAUACAAUAAGCCCCACAGUAGCUGAUGGCGUUUCUGCAGCACCUGUUGCAGUCAUGACACCACCUCCGCUUUUUUCAGAGGCAGAAACAGAAAAAGGUAUAGGCCCAGGGCGACAUACAGCCACUGACAAUGUUCAAAUGGAGUUAGAUCCACCAACCCUUUCCCCUCACCCAGAGGACAGCAUUUCAAUCUAUGGAUGUGACCACUGUCCGGAGAUAUUCACAAAUCAAGCUCUGCUCACCAUUCACUCAGAGGUACAUAAAAAGCGUUUCGUCAGUCAUUUGUUUUGCAAGUUUUGUCACAGAAAGUUCAUACACCUCAAGCGGCUGCGCAACCAUGAGCAUGUCUGCCCCAAAGCUGCGGGAGGCUCGCCUCAACUGGAUGCUACGGACAUAUCGACCAAAGAGGUGGAACUUUAUUCAGACGACGAGCCGAACACGGAGAGCGUCGUGGCGCAGCUUCCCUCUGCGGACCUCUCCACCCCUUACACCCCAGAGCCCCUUCAAGUGGACCAAUCAGAGCCAGCACAGGCUGGGAAGGCAGUGAGGCCAAGUGGCAGCCAUAGGAGAUACAACUGCAGUGUGUGUAAACGUGUCUACAUCACCCUAUCCAGUCUGAAGCGGCACGAGAAUGUACAUUCCUGGCAGAGGGCAUAUCCCUGUCAUUAUUGUAAUAAAGUGUUUGCAUUGGCAGAGUACCGGACGAAGCAUGAAAUCUGGCACACAGGUGAGCGCCGCUAUCAGUGCAUUUUCUGCCUGGAGACAUUCAUGACUUAUUAUAUCUUAAAGAACCAUCAGAAGUCUUUUCACGGCAUUGAUCCCAGUCUAGCUGUUAAGAAAAAGUCGGCCAACGGUGGUCUGAAAGCCAGUGUUUAUCCAAUCAAACUCUACAGGCUUCUGCCUAUGAAGUUUCGAAAGAGACAAUACAAGACUUACAGUGAGACAUAUUCAGAGAGCGAUGAAAGAGGUGACGAAGCCCCGCCAGAGAGCACCUCUCUUAUCCCUCCAUUUGAAGAAAACGGUCUGAUCAGCCAGCCUGAUACCGUUGCACCUCUGACAUUCAUGGCAACGACAAAGAUGGUGGCACCUGUCAUGCCUCGCAUCAGCUUCGGCAAGCCAUGUGACCAAGAUGUUGAGCAAAGGGAUUUGGAGAUUCAGAGAGGCACAAGAAAGGAGGCUGAGAACAGAGAUUCACCCUCCAUAGACCACGAGCCUCCUGCAGUGGGUUACAAAGAUGAUCUUCCAGCACUAAGUAACUCUAAGCACUGUCAUAAUGUGCCGUUCUUAAACUCUUUGAACGCUGUUAAAAAGUUAGGUGAGCUCUCAGCUUCUGCAAAAAGAGUUGAGGAUAUGACCAAGGAGAUACUUCUAUCGAGCAAUGAAAAUCUGGCGCAUGGUAAAAAGGUGGGGGCAAAGACAGAAACGUACAUCGCCAAACCUGCAUGCCCCGGUCCAUCUGUGGAUGGUGCUGCCAUGCCGCUCUGUCAGAUAACAGUGAAAAUAGGCAAUGAAGCCAUCAUCCGCCGCCGAAUCAAAGGAUCCAAGCUCUUCCCCAGAAAGAAACGGAGAAUCAGAGAACUGAGUGAGGAGGCAAGUCCAAGUCAGUGCCCUCCAACACGGGAAAACUCAGAGAGCCCCAGACUCCGCCUGAGACAAGACGUCCCUUCCGCCACGAAGCCAGAGACGUAUGAAGAUCCCAAUGACUGUGACACAGCUGAUAUGCUUUGGCGUCCCUACUAUUCUUACAAAGCUAAAAAGAAAACGAAGAAGUUGAGAUUCAAGCACAGAAAGGAUUUGUUUCACGGUUAUCCGGAAACAUCUGCAGAUAGAACGGCUGCCAGUGAAGCCCACCUUGAUAAAAGUAGUUGGCUGACAGAAGAGGGAAUGUCCAGUGGGAGUGGAGAGGUGAAACGUAGUCUCAGCAGGAACUCCAGCCCGAGGGCCACCUACAACUGUGACAUCUGUGACAGCUCUUUUAUCACAGAGACCGGUCUGAGAGCUCAUGUUAUUGGUUCCCACCCAUGUUUCUGCCGGACCUGUGGUAAACAGGGUCCCCCCGGUGAGGCACCGGCCGGUGGGGAUUACAUCUGCAGCAGCUGUAUGGAAAAUGGCUCCUGCUUCGAUAAUACACCCCGGAGCUCCAACCCAGAGAAGAAGUAUCGCUGUUCCUUCUGUCCCCAGCGUUUUCUCUAUCUUGCCACCAAGAGAAGCCAUGAGAAAAAACACCAGGAAACAAAUGAGGGAUAUAAUUCUGACAACUUCACACCUUGUUCUAAAUACUCGGGGCACCUGAGCGAAGACCAUCAAAAAGAUAUCAUCAAAACAGAAGACAGUGACAGCCAAGGGGGCACUAACAUAAAAAGUGAAAGGGUGGAAGAAGGACAUCUUUCUAUUGAUCAAAUUAAUUCUAAAAUUGAGGAUUCGACUGACUUUAUGUCUUUAACUACCUACCAAGACAUGCCAUAUUCCAACAAUCAAAGUCCAUUAUCGCCCUGCAGCGACCCAGUGUUUUCUCUGACACCCUCAAAGGUGAAACAUAAAAUGGCGAAAAAAAGGUUAAAUGAACAGCAUUCUAUGCAUCUCAUCUCAAAAAAGCAACCCUGUGACAGACACGGUUAUAGCAACAAGGACAUUUUGAUGGGGCCAAAAACGAGCAGUCACAAUGAUCUGGACAAGUCCUGUAAACUCUUCAGGAGAAAUGACUCGGAAACUAAAGCGACCAACAUUUCUAUACACAAGCAAGAGAAAUGGGUGUGCAAAGAGGAGCCAUUGUUUUAAAGAUCUUUGAGGACUGUGGACAACAAAAGGCGAAUGCAACUUGACUUCAAGCCUUUUGGCUUUGGUGCGUUCCAUUUGUACUGGGAAGUCGAAGAUCGGAGGUGGGAAUUAAGUCACACCCGAGUCGACGGCGCUCCAGUACAAUAAGUCCGAAAACCAAGUUCUAGCCAGGUUAGCUUUGUUAGCAACACCAGUUGAUAACUUAGUACGCUGUAUUUCACACACACUAACACCGCAUGUCCACAGACAGGCGUCGGACAGUACUGUGUGUACACGUGGUUUAAUGUGACGAAGUGCUUAUAAGCAGAAUAUAACAACAGCGUUCACACUGUUGAUGCGAGGAGUCAUUUUCGUUUUUGGGGGUCGGGCUUGGUGAGGUUCUCCCGACUUUCCGAGUCAGAAAUCCGACUUCAGGGGGCGGUUUCUGGCUCCACAGAAUAAAUGGAAUGCACCAUUAAUAUCAGUGUAGGCUGUAACUUCUUCUCUCCUAAACUCAGCAACGGAGUGAAUUCUCACCUUUUGUAGAAGAUAUUUUUUGGAUAAUAGGACCUUCUGAAACAGACUAUGUCUAUGCAUACAUGGCAGACUCGGUGGCAUGACUGUCAGCAACUUCAGAACAAGAGGACGGUGUGUUGGAGGACUGAACAGCUGCCUAGUGUAGCUACGUCUUCACUUUUUAAAAAUAUAUCUGGGGAAAACAGAACUGUCACAUUUCUGAACCUCACCUUCAGUGAGACGGUGAGUUGCACUUUAUAGUUAGACUAUGCUAAUCUGAUGGUUAAAUACUUUGAUUGAUUCUAUGUCUAAUUUCUAAUUAACACAUGGAACCAUUGAGAAUAAACCUUUGUGUGUUUAAUAUGUAUCCAACAUGUAAAACUAUUUAAAUAAAUGUUUGUUGUAAUCUAAACUUCCUGUCCUGCUUCAGCCUGUUUAGAGAUACGGUAAGACAACUGAUAAGCAGACGUAUUCGUUCUGAUUCUGACGGUGAUAGUUACAGAAACCUUAAACGUCAUGCAGUUAAAGUUUGGAGUGGAACACUUUAAAGGAUUUAAAAAGUCAAAACCUGCUCCGCAGCAAAUCGUUUCCUAAAUAUAAAGCCACAUGGAGGUGAUCUGCACCUCCUGGCCCUUCAGGGACCUGCUGCCCAUCUGAGAAGUCCAUUCCCUCGUUCUUCCACACAAUCUGCAUCUGUACUACGAGUUGGGCCUCAAGACACAGUUUCCAGAUGUCUCGAAAUCCCUCGCUUCUAGCUAAGACUCGGCUUGUGAUGUAACAGAUCAUGAAUUUGUGGUACAACACACUGAUUAUUCCAUGGAGGCAACGUCUUUCAUUCAUUUAAUAAAGGAUGAUGAUAUUAAAAACCCU